AUGCCCGUCGACGAUAAGCCAAUCCGCCGUGGUAGCAAGGCAAAGGGCAAGGGCGAAGAUGAUGAGGACUGGAUGACGGAAAACCUGGCAGAGGAUGCCGUCUGGAAGAAGAUGCAGCAGAACACCUUUACCAGAUGGGCAAACGAGCAUCUGAAAACGGUGAACAAGCACAUUGCUGAUCUUUCCACUGACUUCUCUGAUGGCAUUCGCCUGAUUGCCCUCGUCGAGGUGCUGGCCGGCAAGAAGAUCGGCACCUACAACAAAAGACCAAAGGUUCGCGCUCAGAAGAUCGAAAACGUCAACAUUGCCAUUCAGUUUCUGAAGAACGAGGAAAAAGUGCGCAUUGUCAACAUUGACUCCAUCGACGUGGUGGACGGAAAGAUGAAGCUGAUCUGCGGUGUGAUGUGGAUGCUCAUUUUGCACUACUCCAUCUCGAUGCCAAUGUGGGAGGGCGAGGACGAGUCGAUGUACAAGGAGAAGGGCGGACCGACGCCCAAGCAGCGUCUCCUCAACUGGAUCCAGAACAAGGUGCCCGACGUGCCGGUGAACAACUUCACCACCGACUGGAACAACGGCAUCGCCCUGGGCGCCCUUGUCGACUCCUGCGCCCCAGGUCUCUGUCCUGACUGGGACAAGUGGAAGCCCGCCGAUGGGCUGAAGAACGUCACCGCGGCGCUGAAGAUCGCCGAGGAGUCGCUAGGCGUGGCGCCGCUGGUCAACCCCGAGGAGAUGGUCAACCCGAAGGUGGACGAGCUCUCCAUGAUGACCUUCCUGGCGCAGUUCCCCAAUGCAAAGCUGAAGACGGGCGCGCAGACGAAGCCCCGGCACAAUCCGAAGCGCGUUCGCUGCUACGGUCCAGGUGUGCAGAAGACCGGCGUGGCCAAUGGCGCCAAGACCAACUUCACCGUGGAGACUUUCAGCGCCGGCGACGGCGAGGUGACCGUCUUUCUGAAGGAUCCCUCCGGCAAGGAGAUCCCCGUCGAUGUGAAGUUCAACGACGACGACGCAAAGACCUACACCUGCACGUACACGCCGAAGAUGGAGGGCCCGCACAAGGUGAUCGUCAAGUACUCCGGCACGGAGGUGCCCAAGUCGCCCUUCGAAGUGGAGGUCAAGGGCAACCCCGGCGACCCGUCCAAGGUCAAGUGCGAGGGCCCCGGCCUGAAGCCGACCGGAACGCAGGUGGGCAAACAGACGCACUUUGACAUUGACACCACCAAUGCCGGCCUCGGCCAGGUGGAGGUGCAGAUCACCGAUCCGAAGGGAAAGACGAACUCGGUGCCGCUGCGUGUCCGCCAGGACGGCGACGAUCCGAAGAAGUACCGCUGCGAGUACGAGCCACAGUUGCAAGGUCCGCACACGGUGUCGGUAAACUACGCCGGCAAGCCGGUGCCCAACAGUCCCUUCAAAACGACGGUGGCGCCGCCGUGCGACCCGCGAAAGGUGCGCGCCCUGGGCCGCGGCCUGCAGCCGACCGGCGUCCGCGUCAACGACUGCGCCGAGUUCCGCAUUUUGACGGAUGGCGCCGGCUCGGGCGACCCCGCCGUCCGCGUGAUUGGCCCUGAUGGGAAGGUGGAGAAGUGCAAUGUGCUGAAGGCAAAGGACGGCACCACCUUCAACUGUGACUACAAACCGCUGAAGGAGGGCAAGUACGUGGUGGAGGUGGCCUACGGCGGCUCUGAGAUCUUCCAGAGUCCCUUCGAGGUGGCGGUCGGCCCGGUGAAGGAGUCGAAGGUGGUCGUCUACGGGCCCGGACUGAAGGGCGGCAUGGUGGGCUACCCGGCCAAGUUCACCGUGGACACCAACGGCGAAACGGGCACGCUGGGUUUCUCCGUAGAGGGCCCCUCCUACGCGAAGAUUGAGUGCAAGGACAACGGCGACGGCUCGGCGGAGGUCACCUACCACCCGACGGCGCCGGGCGAGUACGCCGUGCACGUCACCGUGGACGGCGACGACAUCCCCAACUCGCCCUACUGUCCCAUCAUCACCGAGAAGGCCGACUUCAAGCCGGAACUGGUGGAGGCCACCGGUCCGGGCCUCAACCCGAAGGGCGUCGUCAUCGCCAAGCCCACCGAGUUCACCGUGGACACGCGCAAGGCGGGCGGCGGUAAGAACAAGCCGGUGCCGGAGAUAUCGGUGAUGAACAACUCGGACUACCGCGAGGUGGAGACGAAGGUCACCGACAACAAGGACGGCACCUACAAGGUCAAGUACACGCCUGACAAGCUGGGAAAGCACACUGUUCAGGUCAACUACGGCGGUGUGUCGAUCAACAAGAGCCCCUUCAGAGUGGAGGUUGGCGGCGUGGCUGAUCCUUCAAAGAUCAAACUCUACGGCCCUGGUCUGGAGAAGGGCGUCAAGCCAAACAAGGAGACGCACUUUGUGGUGGAUGCUCGCUCUGCGGGCAGCGGUGAAUUUGUGCCCACCGUCAAGGACGAGAAGGGCAGCGAUAUUCCCGUCAGCGUGACCGACCACCAGAACGGACAGUACACGGUGGAAUACACGCCGCCCGGACCGGGCAAGUACAAGGUGAACGCUACCUACGCUGGAAAGCAGGUGCCCAAGUUGCCCGUCGACAUCAACGUCACACCGCCUGCGGACGUGUCCAAGGUGAAGGUUGACGGUUUGGAGCCAAAAGAGGAGGCAUUGCAACAGGAAGAUGCGUUGCAAGGCUACCUCUCCAGUUUGCCCACCGCCGAUGAGCUGUUGGCUGUACAGGUGCGCGCCUUUGGGCCCGGACUGCGCGAUGGUCUAGUGGCUAAUCGAGUGGCGGAGUUUAUCGUUGACCUCAAACCGGUGCUGACGCCCAGUGAUGAUCAGUUUGUCUCUGCACUGAACGCUUUCACAGUGGACGCUCGAGGAACGGAAAAAACGGGCGAUGGCAAGGUGACCGCCACCAUCAAGUCGCCUUCCGGCAAGAAGGUGAACAACUUUGUGGAGAACAAAAACGACGGCACCUACAAGGUGACCUACAUUCUUCCUGAAGAGGGCGAAUACAGCUUUGAUUUGAAAUAUGAUGACUCUCCUGUUCCUGGAAAAGAUACUUUUCCGGCAAGCUGA